AUGAAUACUGUCAAAUCGUUCUGGCUUGGAUGGGGCUCCCUCUGUGUUGCCGGAGGAACCGCCUACUACUUCGCCAAGCAGAGCAUCAACGCCGAUCGCGCCGCUCGCUUUGAGGAGCAGCGUAAGAAGAAGAUGCUGGCCCAGUCCCUUGAGUAUGGAGACAAUGUUCCCGCCCAGCCUGGUUCCGCUUCUACCAUGGGUGGCGAGGCGCGCACCGAUACCGCCGGCUCUCCCAGCCAGGAAUCCAACUCCGAUCCUGCCCCGACCCGCCACGCGCCAGCUACCGAAUCCGAGAGAGUGUUCGAGAAGAGCAAGUACGAAAGCAGUACACCGUUCAAGAGUCCAAAGGGGGAUCGGUUUUCGUAG